AUGAGCGAGGGAGCGGCUGAGUGGGUGAGUAGAGGAAUACUGUUCUUUCCACUUCUACUGAAAAAUAUAAUUGAAACUAAACUUGUGUCCUCAAGCUGUCAUGGUGGGCAAACACAGUUUCCUGCAGGUCGCCAUCAGUCGACGGGUUGUUGUUGUCUCCUCCCGUCAACUUCGUCGUCGCUUCGUGUCCUUGACCUUUGUUUCCUUCUGACCUUGUUGCUGCUCUUCGCACAUAGAGAGGAGUUGUGGAGACUGUGUCGACACGUCCUCAAGACGACAGAUGCACAAAGCCGAGAUCCGAACCUCGGCCUCCUCGUCGACCUGGGGCCGUCAACACCACCAGAGGCUUACGACCUCUUCAAGCUCGGUCCUUUCCACUUUCUUGAUAAUUUCCGUAACCCGUGUUGGUUGACAUCGGACACUGGGCAGCUGGCGUGUCUGCCCUUCUUCUUCCUGGCAGGCUUCCCCAAGUGCGGCACCACCGAGCUCUACGUCAAGCUCCACAAGCAUCAGCACGUGGCCAAGCUCCUCACAAAGGAACCUCACUGGCUCACCCGACUGCGCUACCAAAACGAAAGCUUCGAUAACUACACGUGGCUUAUCGCAAAGUCGUUGCUGAGGAAGACGAUGAGAUCGAGCCCUAGCCAGCAUAUGAAUUAUAAUCCCUAUAUUGUCGGCGAUGGCAGUGCGUCCACUGUGUGGGACAACGACCGGUGGUACAUGUUGCCUGACAGCAGCUACUACUCCGAGCCCUACGUCACCCACGCCGACUACGUGCGCCACCUACUUCCUGCUGCAAAGAUUAUCAUCAUUCUCCGAAACCCUACCUUACGGAUCUACUCGGACUACAAUUUCUUCUUCACAAACGGCAGUUUAUCUGAGUUUCACGAGUUGGCGGUGAAACAGAUGGAUAUUCUUAAGAGCUGCUUCGCACAGCACACAGUCCGCUCCUGUGUUUACAACCAGUCGUUAAAUUCUGUGUUCAGGAUACGCUUGGGUCUGUACCACGUGUUUCUCGAAGACUGGUUUCAGCGUUUCCCACGUGAUCAGAUCCAUGUUCUGCGCCUGGAGGACUUAGCGGUGAACGUGACUAGGGAACUGCUGACGAUAUACAGAUUUCUCGGCUUAGAGAACCCAAGCAAGACGACGCUAGCGGCGAUAACUCAGAAGGAAAGGCCGAGGAAGAAAGGAGUGCGCUCCCUUGCACAGGGCCCCAUGCUGAGGAUGACAAAGGCAGCCUUGGAUGAAUUUUACCGUCCUUUCAACGUGCGUCUCGCCUCACUGCUCAGUGACAUCCGAUAUUUAUGGGAAAAUUAAAUAAAACAAUUAUCACUAUAGACAUUGAAGUUUAACAGUUUACAAGGUUAAUACAUCAUCG